AUGGCUGCCCAACAUAGGAUCGAUCCUCUGCUUGCAGCUGUACGCGGAGAUUAGCUGGUGGUGGUAGGCGUUGAACCACCGAUACAUUUCAUCAAAUAACCCACUGUAAGAACUAAACUUUUUUAACGAUGUUUCCUCAGCGUCAAAGAUCUCAACCAGUUGCACCGUUUGCUACAUCACCGCAAACAGUUCAACCGCCAGUUCUACCAUUACCGCCGAGCCCUCCGGAACAGACCAUGCCUCCCACAACACCCCCUACGGGUACCACCUCCACGACUGAUAGCCCUGUACCUUCCCCUCCCUUAGAGGAGAUACCGUGCCCAACAAGGCCGAAUGUUGGCACAGAAGGCCGUCCCAUCGUACUGCGUGCAAAUCACUUUCAAAUCCGUAUUCCCAGAGGCGAAAUAUAUCAUUAUGAUAUAACAAUUACACCAGACAAAUGUCCAAGGAGAGUUAACAGAGAGGUCAUAGAAACACUGGUCAAACAAUGCUCUCCAAGAAUAUUUGCCAAUCUGAGACCAGUUUUUGAUGGAAGAAAGAACUUGUAUACGAAGGAACCAUUACCGAUUGGAAAUGACCCGGUAGAGAUGGAGGUUUCGCUACCGGGUGAAGGACGGGAUCGUUCGUUCAAGAUAUCAAUGAAGUACGUAGCAAAGGUCAGCUUACAAAGCUUAGAGCAAGCCCUCGAAGGACGUAUCUCUUUAAUUCCAUAUGAUGCAAUACAGGCUAUUGAUGUAGUGAUGCGACACCUACCUUCCAUGACGUAUACCCCAGUAGGACGAUCAUUCUUCUCAGCGCCAGAAAGUUACAAUCCACCACUAGGUGGCGGUAGAGAGGUGUGGUUUGGAUUUCAUCAGAGUGUCCGUCCUUCCAUGUGGAAGAUGAUGCUGAACAUUGAUGUGUCUGCAACUGCGUUCUACAAAGCCCAGUCUGUCAUUGACUUCAUGUGCGAUGUAGUGGACAUGAGGGAUUUGAAUGAGAGGAGACCACUCUCAGAUUCUUCAAGAGUCAAAUUUACCAAAGAGAUACGGGGACUCAAAAUUGAAAUAACACAUUGUGGAUCAAUGCGAAGAAAAUACAGAGUCUGCAAUGUGACAAGAAGGCCAGCACAAACACAGACAUUCCCACUUCAGCUUGACACUGGACAGACUGUGGACUGCACAGUAGGCAGAUAUUUUAUGGAGAAAUAUCAUAUAAGGCUGCAAUAUCCUCACUUACCAUGUUUACAAGUAGGACAGGAGUUAAGACACACGUAUCUCCCACUUGAAGUUUGCAACAUAGUACCAGGUCAGCGCUGCAUCAAGAAAUUGACCGACAGUCAAACGUCCACCAUGAUUAAGGCAACUGCUCGCAAUGCACCGAACCGAGAAAAAGAAAUUAAUAACUUGCUUCAAAGGGCAAAGUUCAAUGAAGAUCCAUUUAUUCGUGAAUUUGGAAUUAGCAUUUGUAAGGAGAUGACACAAGUGCAAGGUCGAGUACUCCAGCCACCUAAACUCCAAUAUGGUGGAAGGUCACUACAACAAGCAUUUCCAAAUGGUGGCGUGUGGGAUAUGCGUGGUAAACAGUUUCAUGCAGGCGUGGAGAUUCGUGUGUGGGCCAUCGCAUGCUUCGCACCUCAGCAUCAGUGUCGAGAGGAUGCACUCAGGAAUUUCACAUCGCAUUUGCAAAAAAUAUCUAAUGAUGCUGGAAUGCCAAUAAUGGGUCAGCCAUGUUUUUGCAAGUACGCGAGUGGCGCAGAUCAAGUUGAGCCCAUGUUUCGGCAUCUCAAGGCAAACUUCCAUGGGCUGCAGUUAAUCAUAGUGGUCUUGCCUGGAAAAACCCCAGUUUAUGCUGAAGUGAAACGAGUUGGUGAUACACUGCUAGGAAUUGCAACUCAGUGUGUACAGAUUAAGAAUGUAAAUAGGACCUCACCACAAACACUCUCCAACCUCUGCCUCAAAAUCAACGUCAAAUUAGGUGGAGUCAACAAUAUCCUAGUUCCUCAACAAAGGCCAGCAAUAUUCCAAGAGCCAGUAAUCUUUUUAGGAGCUGAUGUCACCCACCCACCAGCUGGUGAUGAGAAAAAGCCUUCAAUAGCUGCAGUGGUUGGAAGUAUGGACGCUCAUCCUAGUCGUUACUGCGCCGCAGUUCGUGUUCAGCAACAUAGGCAGGAAAUCAUUGUAGAUCUCGCAAACAUGGUGCGAGAUCUGUUAAUGCAGUUCUACAAGUCAACAAGAUUCAAACCAACCAGGAUCAUUAUGUAUCGAGAUGGUGUCAGUGAAGGCCAGUUUCUGCAUGUGCUUAAUUUUGAGCUGCGUGCUUUACGUGAGGCAUGCAUGUCUUUGGAGAUUGGUUACCAGCCAGGUAUUACGCUCAUAGUGGUACAGAAACGACAUCACACAAGGCUGUUCUGUGCAGAUAAACGAGAACAAACUGGCAAGAGCUUUAACAUUCCUCCCGGUACGACAGUAGACACCGGAAUUACUCAUCCCACCGAAUUUGAUUUCUUCCUAUGCAGUCACGCUGGCAUUCAGGGAACAAGUAGGCCUUCGCACUACCAUGUCCUGUGGGACGAUAAUGAAUUCACAGCUGAUUCACUUCAGACACUCACAUAUCAAUUGUGUCACACGUACGUGCGCUGCACACGCAGCGUGUCGAUCCCAGCACCAGCCUACUAUGCACACUUAGUGGCAUUCCGUGCUCGUUAUCAUCUUGUUGAAAAAGAUCAUGACAGUCCCGGCCAAUCACGAAACGGCAGCUACGUAGGCAGUGGCGGAGACAGCCCAGGACAUGAAUCGCCUACUGGAAAUGGGGAAGGAAGCCAACAUUCGCAUGGUGGUAACGGACGUAGCUUCACGGACAUGACGAGAUGCGUACAAAUCCACGAAGAUCAGCUGAAAGUCAUGUACUUUGCAUGAAUCACAUCCACACGCAAUACGAGUAGACAAAUGCUUACAACAGAGGAGGUCAUGACAUAUAAAAUUUGUGCCAUUUAACAGAGGGUAAAGAUUAAAGCCUCCAAGAGUUAGAAAUGAAAGUCAGGGGACAAUCAUGUGAGAUAAAAAUAAUCUAACAGAGGGGAAAAUUACUGGUGUGAUAAUAGUGUGUUUAUUAGAAGGGGGUAAUCAUUUAAAAAAAGAAAGCCAUCUAACAGAUGGUGUAAUUACUUGUGGGAUAAAAGUAAGAUUUUUGGUAAUUUAUUGUUGACAAAUUCCGGAUGAUGACAUUGUUUGCAAUACUUGUUUUUAUAUGUAAAUAUGUAAAUGUGUUUAAUCAUUUAGAGAUUGCCGAUACUGGUUAAGGUUCAAAACAUUCUGACCCAAGAGUAAUUAUGUUAGUUUGCAAUAAUCAAAUUGACAGCAACUAAAUUGUUUAGUGUAGUUAUAAGAAUCAAAGUGAAUAUUAUAAGUCUGAUGUAUAAGUUUUUAUGGUUGUCAAUUUACUGAUUGUUUGAUGGGAUUUGUCUUACCAAAAAUGACAUUUUUGCCACAAAAAUCCACAUCAAAAUUGAAAUAUUACGUGUACAAAUACUUCUCAUGGUUAUAAGUAUCAUAAAAGAAAUUAUUUUUUAAGACCUCAGACUUGUGAGGUAUUCAUAUUAAUCACAGAUGCAUAUAAUUAGCUAUGCAAAUUUGCAUAUCUUGAGCUAUGCAAAUAUGCUGAGCUAAUCUGCAUAUCUUUUUUUUCAAAUUUUCGUAUCCACUGAUGCAUCUGUUUAUCUUUCGUUUAUUGUUCUUUUAGUUGUACAGAGUACCAUUCUCUAAUAGAGCCCAGCAUUACAUUUUGGUUCCCUUUUUAUCAGAAUUUGCCAAUACUGUCUUUAUUUAAAAUGAGAAAAUAUAUUUAUUCAUAUUUUUAGCAUUGUCAUUUUAGAUAAUGAUUUAAUUGGUAAAAUUGUCAUUCCAAGAGAUAAACUAAAUUUUAAGUAUACCAGGUUAAGCACUUCCUGAAAGUUCUUGAAAAUGACCAUUUAACCAAAAAUGUACUGACAACCUAUUUUUGAAUUAACAAAGAAUAAUAUUUUAACAUUUCUAGUAGUAGUGAGGUGUGGGUGUGCUUCUUUUAAUUUUUUACAACAGAUCUCCCAGUAUUUGAACAUUCGUUAUCUUUGGUGUAUCAUUUCACAUAGGUUUUUUUUGUGUUUAUUUAAUUAAACCAUCAUUCUUAGGGUAUACUCAAGGCAAGGGAAUGAAAUCCAUUACCUGGUAAAUGUUGUUUGAAAAUACCAUGUAGAUUAACAUUAUGUAAUAAACAAAAACUUCUAGAAUGCUGCAUAAUAUAUUAGGCCUUUAGUUGUAUAAUUUUAAUCAGUUAUUUAGGUUUAUGUUGAAAAGUAAUUAUAACAUUUUAAUACUCCAGCCAUUUAAACAAACUAGAAAUGCAUGUUUUUACUGUCAGUAAAAUAUUGCACAAAUUUCACUGUAGGAAGCAUUAUUUAAUGAUAAUUAAUAAUUUGCUAUAUUAUUGAUCAAAAGAACUAAACUGAACAAUUCAAUAAGUUUGUUUGGAAUUUUAAUAUUUUUUUUGGUCUAAUUUAUUUUUUAUAUCAUUUUACAGAUUGUGUUGGUCGAGUGUAACAUUUUGUUCACAUAAAAUAGUCAUAUCCUUCCCAGCAUACUUGGUUAUUUUCAAGAAACAAAUAUAAUAAUUUUAAAAUGAAAUUAAAAAUAAAUUGUGAUAUAUUAGGUAACACUCAAGGCAAUAAUAUUGUUUUUAACUACAUAUUAAUUUUAAGACUGUUUUUAAAACAUAUUUAUUAUUUUAUUAUGCGUUUUAAUUCUCAUAUAAUUGGUUUAUAAUUAUUUCAGAUAUUAUACUGUAGGAAGGUUUGACCAAUAAGAGUCAAGUAGACCUUUGAUGCUGUAUAAAUUUUAUCUUUGAUGAUUGGGGAGUGGAAAGCUAAUAAUUAUAGCCCCAUGAUACUCUAAACAGUGUGUUUAUGAUAAGGCACGCGUGUUUGUGGGACAACACGCGUGUUUGUGGGACAACACGCGUGUUUGUGGGACAACACGCGUGUUUGUGGGACAACACGCGUGUUUGUGGGACAACACGUGUGUUUGUUAGACAUGUGCAUAUUCCAGACACUGUUCUAAUUGGUCAGUUUUUUUACAAUCGAAAAGGUCCAUUGUCUUAUCCUCCUUAAAAUUCAAACUUCGCAUGAGCCUCAAUGCCAAAAAUCUCUUCAGUUUUCUUAAUUGCAUGCUCUGGUGUGUCGAUGUGCCAUGAGCAUUUCCUUGAAGGAUAAUUUUCAAGGAUUGAACUUAAGACCUUGGGAUUGGAAGCUAAGCAUCCUACCACCAAACCACAAUUAUAUUUUAUCUCCCAAAUUGCAAUAACAAUGACUUUGAUGUUCUUGCUUAUUUUUAAAUUUUGUAAUUGUUAUCUAAAAAAUUGCUCAGAAAGAGUGUAUAAAUGCUAUGCAUAAUUAUUAUUAUUGUUUUUUUUUUUUCUUUUUUACAUUGUACAUUUUAAUCCUUGUUACUUAGGAUUGUAUGUUAAUAUAUAUAAUGCCAACACAACAUAAUAAAGUAUAAGGAUUAUUAAUGUUAACAUUUUUGUUAAUUUUGGUUGCUGUAUUUAAAUUAUAUACUUGCUUACAUAGAUUUUGUUACAAAAGGCAUUGUUUGGAAUAUGAAUUACUGGUAUAUAUAACUGCUUGAUGUUCCUGUUUGCUGUGUGUCAUAGAUUAUGUUACUUUAUAAAAACUGCAUAUACUAAAUAUUGGCAAAUAUGAGGUCCAGUUAUAGUCAGAUACCAGGGGCGGAUCCAGCGGGGAGAGGAGAG